UGUUCUUUUCGUAUAAGAGCAAAAGGCAACAACAAAAACUAAUGUGAUUUUUGUUACAGCUUGAAAUUCAUACAUUAAGUAGUCGCAAUGUAAUGCCAAUCAUCAGUUUUUGAAGUGUAUUAUUAUUUAAAGGAUCAAGUAAAUAGCCACUGUGUUUCAUGAGCGGGAGAUGAUGCCAACCAGCUCUCGGCUACUACAGUCUCCAGCUUGUAAUGACGACUUUCAAUGGGACACAUUGAUGGAAGUUGUUCAUGAACCGAUUGAAAAAAAUUACAUGUUACUAGAAGAAAUCGGAAAGGGUCAGUUUGCCGUUGUAAGAAAAUGCAUAGAACAGAAAAGUGGGUCAGAGUAUGCUGCCAAAAUAAUGAGGAAAAAAAGAGUUGCUCGAGGAGUUGCUGCAGCUGACAUUGCUCGUGAAGCUGGUCUUUUAGCCCAGCUGAGACAUCCCAACAUUGUAUCACUGCACAAAGUAAUUGACACUGGAACGAGUGUAGUAUUGUUAUUGGAAUUGAUUAAUGGUGGUGAAUUAUUUCAUUGGAUGCCAUCGUGUGAAGCUGAAGCUGCUCAUGUGGUUGGACAAGUACUGAAAGCAAUAAGUCAUUUACAUUCCCAUCAAGUUGCACAUUUGGAUAUUAAGCCUGAAAAUAUUCUUCUUUGUACACCAUCUCCAAUGCCUAAAAUCAAGUUAAUUGACCUUGGGUUAUCUCAUCGACUGACUCCAGGGUUUCAACAUAGAGCUUUAUUUGGAACCCCUGAAUUCGUUGCUCCAGAAAUUGUUAAUUAUGAACCCUUAAGUUUAGAAACAGAUUUAUGGGCUGUUGGAGUUUUGACAUAUAUUUUGCUAAGUGGUGCAUCGCCGUUCUUAGGAGAUAAUAAUCAAGAAACUUAUGCAAACGUUGCGGCGUGUCAGUAUCAAUUUGACGAAAAGUAUUUUGUAAAUGUUUCCGAGUAUGCCAAGGAUUUCAUAACAACUUUAUUGGUCAAGGAUCCCAAGAAAAGAGGAACUGCGGAAUCGUGCCUUAUACAUCCUUGGAUUGUAACGGUGUGCUCUUAUCUCAACUCGGGAAAUUCAUGAUCUAAACUUUAGCUAGUGCUUUUCAUACGACUUUGUUCUAGUUGGUGUUUUGUUUAAUCGCGUGCAUUUAUUUUUACUUACCUCAAUUUUUCGUUUGAUUUGUAAUGUACAUACAUGAGCACGCUAUGCAAAUAGAUACCCCAGUUGUGUGUACAGUGAAUUCAAAUGCCGUGAGAACGCGAUUUUUCUCACGCGAGAAUUACAUUCCUUAACAAAGAUAACGAUUGUAGCAUUUGUAAAAUUUCUAGAAUAAAUCCUAGUGUAUAGGACUAAUGUAAUCAUGUAAAUAAUUAAUGAUGCCCGGAAAUUUUGGUGCAAAAAAUAAAGUAAUCACACGUUUUUGUAUUGAAACGAAAAA